AGCGCUGCGCAUCGUCGGAAGCGAGCGGUAGGCUGGCCGGAGGCAGAAAGAACGAAGACCGCGUUCCGCCGAGGUGGUGCCAGUUUCGCAGUGCCGCGUAGUGUAGUGUUUUUUCUCUUCCUCUCUUCGCCGCACCCCUCUCCCCCGCGCUUCCGCGUGCCGAGUGCAGUGUGCAUCUGCAUCGAUGAGGAGGCCGCCCGUCCUUCCCCCCUGAUGACUGAAUAGUGUGCAUUUUAGUACGAGGACCGAAACUACCUGGGAGCGCUUGAGGAGCACGUCCCCCGAGACUCCCCCGAUCAAAAUCACUCGCCUAACCUCUCCCCUGUCCUCCUUGCCCUCCUCCGCGUCCUUCCCCUCCGCGAACGUCGAGAAGGUCUCCAAUCGAAGCCACAAGAUCCGCAAUCACGCAAUGGACGGCAUGGACAACAAGCCGGUGUUGAACGAUGAUCCCUCGGUCACCCUGACCAUCCGCCUGAUUAUGCAGGGCAAAGAAGUCGGUAGCAUUAUCGGGAAAAAAGGAGAGAUCGUCAAGAGGUUCCGUGAAGAAUCCGGCGCGAAAAUCAAUAUCUCCGAUGGUUCCUGCCCGGAACGGAUAGUGACUGUCACCGGGCCGACGAACUCGAUCUUCAAGGCGUUCACGCUGAUAUGCAAGAAGUUUGAGGAGUGGUGCUCCCAGUUCCACGACAUUCAGGGUGGCGGUGCUGGAGGCGGUGGUGGUGUAUCGAGGCCGCCCAUCACACUCAGACUGAUCGUGCCCGCUUCGCAAUGCGGCUCCCUGAUCGGCAAGGGUGGUUCCAAGAUCAAAGAAAUUCGGGAGGUUACUGGCGCCUCUAUCCAAGUCGCUUCUGAGAUGCUGCCUAAUUCGACGGAACGUGCAGUAACCAUAUCCGGUACCAGCGAGGCGAUCACGCAAUGCAUAUAUCAUAUCUGCUGCGUUAUGCUAGAGUCCCCUCCCAAAGGUGCCACGAUCCCUUAUCGCCCCAAACCCCAAGUCGGUGGGCCAGUGAUCCUGGCUGGUGGGCAAGCCUACACCAUCCAGGGUAAUUACGCGGUGCCCGCCCACUCGGACGUAAGUACAGUAUUACCAUUGCCCGCGCCCGCUGCCGGGCACACCCCGCCCUCGCUGAAUACCCAAACUUUGACGACCUCGCCCUUCGCGGCCCACCCCUCCUCGGCCUUCGCCGCUUCUCACGGGCACCCGCUCCUAUCCACGGCCCAUCUUACGGCCCCCCAUCAUCCUCUCCACCCGAGCCCCUUACACGCCAGCGUGGCAGGCCUCGCCGACCCCCUGCUGAAGAGUGGACACUUGCAGGCAGCCCUCCCGCCCGCACACCUCGUGGCAGACGCCAUGGGCAAACUGGGUAGCAAUCCUUUGGCUGGACUGGCAGCCUUAGGCCUCGGGGGUCUCGCCACACCGGCGAAUACGGGUGGUCUUAACCCAGCAGCGUUAGCCGCAUUGGCUGGAAGCCAGCUACGUACGAGCAACACGAACAGACAGCAACCGGCGGCGAACAAUCAGACGCAUGAGAUGACCGUGCCAAAUGAGUUGAUCGGUUGCAUCAUCGGGAAGGGCGGUACCAAGAUCGCCGAGAUCCGUCAGAUCUCCGGCGCCAUGAUCCGAAUCAGCAAUUGCGAGGAGAGGGAGGGCGGAGCAACGGACCGCACGAUCACCAUAACCGGGAACCCGGACGCCGUGGCGUUGGCACAGUAUCUCAUCAAUAUGAGGAUAUCGAUGGAGACGUCGGGGGUGCCUAUGCCCGCGUAUCACUUCAUCCCGCCGGACCACAUUGUGAAAUCGCCCAUCCACUAAAUGUGGAGAGCCGUCGUGGUCGUUGUCGUCGUCGAAAAGGACGCGGAGCAUCGCGGAAGCGCGCGAAGCUGUCAGUGGCAUAUGGGGCUGGGCCACACACUGUGUUCAGCUUGCAAAUCGAUACACUUGCAAAAAGAAACAAAACACAUGACAGUGAGAAAGGGACAGAGAGAGAGAGAGAGAAAGAGCGAGAGAGAGAGAGAGAGAGAGAGAAAGAAAAAAAGAGAGAGAGCGAAAGAGAAAGAGACACACACAAUAAGUACUCACUAGGACACUCGCACGUAUUCAGAAAAGGAGUCUACUUGUGCGCGCUUUAAAUAAGACCGUGUACGUUAAAAUCGAACAUAUUCUAAUAAGACCACAGAUAUACGUAAAAAGAAUGCGUACACACACAUACAUACACAUAAUAUGCAACACACAUACAUGCACACGCGACAGCCUGAGGGGGAGUUAAACGUACAUGGAGAAAUAUGAUGAAGAUACGCACGCGCGUACACAGACACACUUGAGUGUACAAAACUGUACAAAAGUUAUUUAAACAAAAGAACAAAAAAAAAUAAUGAUGCACGCCGCAGCCGCGAGCUGUUGCCGAUUGGUAAAGGGAACAAGCCAAAGAUAUGUUAGUUUUCAUUUUUAUAUUUAAACGAAAAAAAAUGAUGACGCGAGACGGGAGAGAAAUACGGGAGAGAAUUAUUAUUAAUUAUAUUACUACGAACGAUGAUGCUAAAUAAAAAUAAUAUUAGGCCGGUUGUUAGCGUUUUUUCUAUUGCAUACGGUUUUCGCGACCGGUUCGCGAGCUUGGUUACUUCAUUCGGAAGAGAAGCGGCGUUGCGCGACGGAAGUGCAGCUGGUAUCACGAGACCAUUGUUCGGCUAAAUUGUUGGUAGUCGAAGAGCUCGAAGCGAGUACUUUUUACUUUCCGGUAAAAUUGCAAUUUUAUUCAAAUAUAGAGACUGUAAAUUUAAUGGGAAUUAAAUAUCAUUAUUUGCAGCCACUCUUAAGAAACGGCGAUAUCUACGGGCAUAUAUGAAUUGUAACGAGAGAAGAAAGUCUAAAUUGCUUGACGCAGAUAUCACCGAUAUUUAAUUUAAGUUCUCAAACAAAUGCGCUAAUAAAAGUUGCACAUAUUUUUCAUUUGUCUUAGGAUGGGAAUGUUUCGAGUCUGCGCUUCUCGACCUUCGACCUCUUCGACUGAUUAUUUCGAGGUGCGCGUCUUGUUUCCCUAAUGAUCGAGACAUUUCGGAAGGUGUCUCCGGGUGACUUGGAGGAUUAAAAACUGAAUCUCGUAUAUAUAGAGUACAUCGAUCUCGAUAUCACGCGUGACCUGUCGGCAUCGGGGGAAGAUGGGACGUGUGUCGGACAUCUCGAUUACGUGGUCUCUUGUCCCACAUAUCUUUCUCGACCGCGUAAUCGAACGUCAACCCGAUUCACGUCUCGCGCACCGAUUUCGGUCGCGUGAUCUCUCUCGCGCGCACCCUAUAUGAUCCCGAUCCUCAAUCACGUGGUCUCACGCGGUCCCGUCAGCGCAUCCGCGGCCAAUUUUCCCGUGGCCGCGAGGUCAACGGCCAGAAAUAACCAAGUUCACGAGUGACAUCAUCGCGAUUAACUGUCGUGCGCGCGGGAGCGCCGAGGGAAAGUAAGAUAAUUGAUCGCGCGCGGUGAAAAUUUUACGUAGUUGCGUAGCUUUUGCAUGUGAAUCUUGGAUUCCAAAAUUGUCGGUAAAAGCUUUUCUUUUUUUUUUAAAGGGGGGGAAGUAAAGAAAAAGUGGAAAAAAGAGAAAAAAAACGACUGCGGACGUUCGCACCGUCGAUCGCUCGGCGCUCCCCUCGCCGGGAGCGCGGAGGGAACGAGCGGGUAGCCGCGUCCUAGUGCAUCCUCGGUAUCGUCCUCGACGCGAGACUCCUGGGGCACCUUCGGCCCCUCCGUCGCGGCGAUCUUUGUAAGUCGAGAGUGUCGAACACCCGGCCGGGGGCGAUGCCGAGCGCGCGCUUCUGUUGAAGGAACAAAUGAAAUUAUUACGUGGAAUAUAUAUAAAUAAUGAUAUAUAUUAUAUAUAUAUACACAUAAUAUAUAUAUUUAUUAUACGCGAUAAAGAUAAUUAGAGAAGAGAUAAAUAGCGAUGAAAAGGUGCGAGCUCAAGCCCAGACUCGACCAGACUCGAGACAUCCUUUCCUUUCUUCAUCAUCCACUUCAAGCUUCCCAUUGACGAUUUCAACCCCUCCUCCCCAUAUCGGAAUUUGGUCCCACACUUGCGGUUUGGUUCGCGAAUUUCAAGGAUCGCAUAACGACGAUAUUUAUCUUUUUAUCAAUUUUAAAUAUACUAUACAUUCUUCUUUCGUACGUACGUUUCUUCAUUACGUUUCUUUAUCGACUCUUCGUUCGCGUGUUAUUUUAUAGUCGUUACGAUAUUGAUAUUUAAUAAAAUUAUUACUUUAUUCGGAAGAAAAAUGCGCGCGCACGCGCGCGCAGCAUUGUGCAACGUCUUUUUGAGAUUGUUUUAUUCUAGUAAACUUUAUUUAUGUACUAGUCUGUACACAACGUGCGAAAUAAUCGUAUUUCGAGAUUUCUUGUUGGAUAUUUUAUAUUUGUGUCUAGUUUUGUCUCAAUCUAUAUUAAGAGACGAGUUAAAUUAAAGGAAUUAUUAUUAUUAUUAUUAAAAACGGGGCUUUAGAAUUGCUGAAAUAUAUAAUAGCUAUAUGUAACUAGUUUUUGAAUUUCGUUGUAAUAUCACGUUAACGCCAAUGUAAUUGGCUGUGGCGCGGACGAUUUACACCUUGCGACUUGUAUCCUGCACCGAUAACUUCCAUUAUGUGCCAAACGUAAAUUAAAAUUUGGGGGGAAAAAAGGAAAAAAAAAACAUUUGCUAGAAAAUGUUACGUCUGUGCUUCCGGUGUCAGCUCAAUUAAUAAUCGGUGGUCUUCGCGCGUACGUAUCACUUUUAUACAUCCUACCCACGUUGUAUGAACGUGCUCUUAAUUUUAAUAUGUAAAUUAAUCCUUCCAAAAGAAAAAAGGGUAACAUUGAUAGUUGUAUUGACUCCAAUUUUAUGUUUGUGUAUAUAACUGAACGACAUUGUGGGUCAGUUUUGUGAUAUAUAUAUUUUUUGUCUCGUCUUGUUUUUAUUGAAAAUAUUUUGCGGUGCUCGCUUCUUUUCGAUGCGCAUUGUAAAUAUGUUUUCACGUUGUACAUAUUUUUAUUAAUCUCGGAGCAUCUUGUUUAUACGAUGGCUUUUUAGUCGGGAAUGUAUAUCAACAUCUCGCAUCGACAUCUGCGAUUUCACCUUAUUUAUUACAUCAACGUAUCUUUUCAUUUUGAUCGCAACACGCGCCUCACCAUUUCGUUUGCCGAAUGAAUAAGUUGCUAACGGCUCCUCCGUGGAAAACACGAAAAAUUGCGUAAAAUUCAGUUGUGUCGUUCAAUGUGGGAUUCAUAAAUAAUUUAACGAGUUUGGAGUUAAUUUUAAUCUUGGUAACGUAUCUCUCGCCAACCAUCUAAUCCAUACGUUAAAUGGGUAUUUUAAAACUUUUUUUUUAACUAGAAAGUUCUUUUGUCAAAAUCUUUCAACUGCUGAAGAUUCUGAAAAGACUAGUCAAAGCCCCAAAAUCAAUAUUUCAUUAAGUUGACGUCAAGAGACGUAGUUAUUCAACCAUAUUUUACGACACAAUCUGUAUACAUCUCGCAAGAAAAAAAAGAGUCCGAAUGGAUUCAAUGCGUUUUUUUUAAUUUGCUGGACAAACUUUAGAUUGUGAUUGGUACGAUCGAUCGCGAGAGUCCGUUGAUGACUCAUUAAAUUAUGUUUGAAAAAUUUAAUCCUGUUAUUUAUAAUUAUUUAUAUACAUGACAUUUGUGGAAAAUUAUUUUUGUUAUUAUACACUUCGAAGAAGAAAAAAAAAGAACAAAGAAAAAGUAUUUCUCUCUUUUCUCAUCGCGGCAACAAGGCACUCCUCUCAACAUCUCCUCCUCUUCACCCUCGCUAACGCCCUUGCUCCCCCAUUCUCCACCGAUAGGUAGACAAUGAUGGCGUACAGUAGUAAUUAUAUAAGAGAAAAAAAAACGGCAAAACAUGAGACGAGCAACGGCAUCGAGCAACAAGUAGUCUCUGCUAAAAAGUCGAUAAAAAAAAGAUGAAAAUAACAAUUAGUGAGAGACGCUGUAUGAUUGUGUAUAUCAACAAUAAAUAAUUGCUGUGAUUAGAAUCGAUUAUAUUAGUAAGUAGUUAAGGAUCAAUUUUUAAGGCACUUCGCGGAGAGAGAGAGAGGGAGAGAGAGAGAGAGAGAAAGUAAAAGAGAAGGAGUACUUAUUAAUAUAUGAUAGAGAAAGAGAUGGGAAAAGGAAGAAAGAGUGUAUGUGAGUGUACAUAUGAUCGUUUACGAGUGCGAAAGAGACAGAGAGGAGAAAGAGAGAGAGAGAGAGAGAGAGAGAGACGCGACAAGAGGAUAGGGGAGAUUUUUAGGAUCCACUUUAUAGGCGACUGAAGUAUGUACGUGCGCGCGUGCGUAUAAACCCUCUCGACAGAGGUAUUAUUCGUAUCCAAUCGCUAGGAGCGUGGAAAAUCCUCAAAUCAUUCUCUGAUAUUAAAAUCAGAUUAAAGAGAAAGGAAAACGGGCCGUUAAACGGAAAAAGGCGAAAAGACGAUUGCUGCGCGCGUUUACGUUUUAAGAUAAAUCCAUGAUCUCUUCCCACUCGAACUCUGUGUCUCUUGACUAAAUCCUUUCAGUACCGGAAUCAGAUGUAAAAAUUCGAUCUAUCUUUUUUAUUCCAUUUUAUCCACUUUUAGAACCCUCGGGGGAAUAUUUUAUAUUUGUAAACGUGUAUUACUCUAUGUAGGUUAAAGAUAUUAUUUAAUAUCCAUGUACGCGGAGUGUCGAUGCUAAAAGCUGACGCCACUUGGCGGGUACUGGAAGGGUCAGGAAUGCAGAAUUUGCACAGAAAUAUCGUUGCAAAAGCGAGGAUCGAAGUGGACGAGAGGCGAAGAAACUUCGAUGACCUUUCCAAGUGCGUCGAGUGCGGAAGAACCACGUUUCUCUUAUCCGCGCACAAAAGAACACGGCAGUAAAAUGGUGACCACCAGCUACACGCUUAGGCUACCCUCCAUAGGCUUCGAAUGCAUCUUCACGAAGUAUACAUGACGUAUACUUUCCCCUUUAACGAUAAUUUCGAAACUUAUAUCGCUACGGACCACGACGACCUACUCUUAACGAACGUACAAUUCAAAGUGAUAAGACGGAGACAUUCUAAUUUUUAUUAUCAAUCUCGCUUCGCGGAAAUAGUAAUGGAAGAUUACGUUUUGUGUUAAAAAAAAAAGACGCCGUUGCGCGUGACGUUUGUAUCCAAAACGCGUGCUUACAAGAAGAGAAAGAGUUGGAAUUCAAACUGUCUUGUUGUCUUUUAUCAUUGUUCUUCAUACACGUGGUCUUCUAAAUUUCAACGAUAGUUUCUGAAAAGUUUUACAUUUUCGUGAGCAUCGUAAGAUAGCGUUUAUAAAAAAUGAUUCUAAUAGUUUACUAUGGUGCAGGCUAAGCGUCAAGAGCAAUAAGUACGUAGUGAUAUUCCUCGUAAGGAACGUAUACGACAUGGACAUAAAAAUCAAGCAGUUUUGAAUACGGACGCGUGUGAUAAUUUGUUAAUUAUAAUAAUUAUAAUAUAAUAAUUAUGAGAAGCUCUCUACGCGAUAAUGACGAGUAAAUGGGAUUAAAGAUUGAAUGAGAUAAAAGUUGAAAAUUCUUCGGAACUUUAGGGAUCCGAUGAAACGGAAAAUUGUUCCAGAGAAUUAUGUAAAGUCGGAAAUAACUAAUUUUCUGCUUAUUAGGAAAGUUACCAGGAAAGACUGAAAUCGAUCCGCGAGAGCGUUAUCUUAAUUGAAAAUCCCAUUCGCUCUUCAAACUGGCUCACUUGGCAUUAUUAUAAGUAAUUAAAGGACGGCGCGACUCGAGGAUGCUUAAUUGAAAGAUGUCCCUCUCGUUUGGGAGCCAAGGAACAGUAGCAGCGCAGACGAGAAGAGCCUAGAAAUAAUUUUGUAAAGAUUUCAAACUGUUUAUUCGCUACUGUGUUAAAAUUUUAAUACUGGGAUUUACUUUGCCUUAUUUUGCAAAGAUUUAAUUUUGUUUGAUGUGUACAGAGUAAUUAUGGGCUUGUGAACAUUUAUCGAGAGUUAUUACAAUCCCUUGUAAAAAAAAAGCUUCUACAGAGUUUGGAAGUGAAGUACUUGUCGGGAUCGGAAAGUAAUAAGAUCGGGUACUUGAAGCUUCCAUCUGCUAUUCCAUUUGCAAGUGAGCGGCCGGUUAAGGCGAUUCUGUUGUAGCUGAUGGUUUUCUCGUUACCGCUUCCAAAUUCACCUACCAUCUGAAGAUGUCCCUUUGUCGCACUGACAUAUUCCAGAAGCAUAUCCAAUGACACAUAUGACUAGGCUACGAAUAAUUAAUAUCUCUUUUGCUCCGAAUAAGCUAGCCUGUAUUUAUCCGGCGUGAUCCAUCAUUCAGAAAUCGAUUACGUGUACAUUUCGGAGCACCUUUAUAUAGGCACUUCGAUUCAAUCGACUCUCUGUAGCUUCUAGUGAUUGUUAAGAUAUCGUCUAUCGCGUGUUCGCGAAAAAAAAAAUAUCGGAGAGACAAAAACAGGUAUCUACGGAGGAGUAAUCUCUAAGAGCGAUCAACGAGGAUUAGGACACGUUAAAUUAUAUUCCCCCCUCCCCCUUCCCCCUAAGAUCUGUUGCACCAACGAUAGUUAGCACUAACCGCAGUUAACGAUAUAAUGCUUUCUGUAUUAUAGAUAGGGAUGUGUUCUCGGCAGAAACGAGAAAUAUCUAAAAUAUCUAAAAUGUUAGUUUAGUCAGAGCUAUCUGUGCUGUUGGCUAAAAGUCAUUUACAUGUAAGAAAGCUUUGCGUUUGUACAACGGUUAGACCUAACUCCGGAGCAACUGACGCUGACCAAUAUAUUUCAACGAGGACGCGGUUAUUUUCGCGCGGAAUCGGAAUCGUGGUGAGCGGAAGGAAGGAAGGAAAGAAGAAAGAAAGUAGCGCGAUCGUUGAAAAGUCCCGGGUACGUACGCUCCUUUCCCCUCAUUACGUUAAGGUGCAUACACGAGCUAGUGAAGAAAAAAAAAAAAGAUCAGCGGCAAAACGCUAAUCGCAGAGAGCGGGCACGGGGAACCCGACUCACCCUUCGGACACAGUGGUGUUAAGGAAGAACGGGGAAAAAAAAGUAAAGCGGGCUUAAGAGAGAAGAGCAAAUGUCAGCAUCCAUCGCGAUCAUAUCGUUGUGGCGUAGAGCAAUCUGUUAGUGCAGGGGCCUUAUCCUUAUUGCGUGGGUCCCACCGAGGAUUGUCGCGCGAUUGCGCGUGCGCGUACGGGCCGUGUGUUUCGCCGAAGAUUAUAAGCCGGAUUAUUGUAAGAUAUCGAGCUCGAGUCAGAUACAAGUACAAAUCGGUGGAAGGUAUCUGCCUUUACAAGAUUUUCAAGGUACGUCUUGCGCGUCGGUUUUCGGAACAAACGGCUCGUGUCUACGGAAAUGAGUUACGAAGAGCCGUCGAUAACUCGGGAGAGAAAGCGUCGCGUAUCUAUCUCUUGAUGUUCGGAAAGCCAUUUCUGCGGUGCUUCAAGGACGGAACGUCCGCGGCAAUUCUCGUCAGGGACCUAACAUUACCGUAACGCAAGGCAAUCAGCUAAGAAAUAAACUUAGUUUUUAUAGAAUAUUGAAUCGCGCCCUUCCUUCGGCGGGGCGUGGAAUUUUAAAGGGCAAAGCCCCUUCCUUCCUCGCGAAAGGAAAAAUGGGGCGAUUGUUUGUGACCACUUGACGCCGCAUUGUCGCGCGAUUAGAGGACGAGUCAGACGACAGACAGAUUAUUCUGAUCAACUGCUGUAAUGUUAAAAUAUGCUGCAGCUUUUCGAAAUUGUACUGUUACCAGCUACGUGUGACACAGCGGGAAAGAAUCUCGAGGGCGAAAACGACUAUGUUAGCAUAGCACGUGGCAUAAAAUAAAACAUACAAAAAUAUACGACGAAAAUACGGAACAAGCGACGCUGUGAUUGCAGCAUUUUGCUGUAUUCAUGAAAUAAUAUUUUAUUCUAAAAGCAGCAACACCAUAAAUGAUUCCUAACGAUUUAUGAAUUUCUAAACAGUCAAUUGCUAUUCGCUGUUUGAAAGUAAAAUUAGAAUAUGCGAUUGCUAUUCAUGAUAAUCAGCGUUCCACGGUGUAAUCAGAAAAUCUUCGUACGCGAAGCUAAUUGAUGCUUCGAUUUCAGACAAUGGUCUGUCGUCUACGCGGUCCUGAUAUCGCGAUUUUUCCCUGAAUAAAUUAAGAUGAAUUAAAAAUCGAGCGCACGUAGUCGACAUAAUAAGGACUGUCGACCAUAGAGCCAAAAGGGUCACCACUUGAUUACGCGAUUUAGGUGCCAAAAAUCGAUUGUGAAAACUCGUCGCCGAGCGGCUCAAUUUUGUGCCAAGCUAACACAAAUUGCGAGCAGUAUAACACGUGUGCCAAAUCGCUGUUAUUAAUCACUCCUGUUUCGGGUAGGAAAUCCCCCCUGACGACUUCACGAACGUCGACGAGAUACGCUCGUUUGCACUUGUAAGUUUCUUUUUCUUUUCAACGCUGUGUUCUUGUUAAUCUUGUUAAUAGGUUUGCACGUGAGUUAAAAGAAAUUAAUGUAGCUGCGGGCAUAUAUUUUGUUACACUAAGUUAGUGAAGAUUUCUACGUAGAAGAUGGUCGCGACGAAACAAUUAAAUACGUUUUAGACAAUCAUGAAAUAUUAGUGAUAUUUUUAUAACUUGAUCUGUUUUUUAUUAUCAAUAUCUUAGAAAAUUGCAAUGACUGAAUUCCUAACGUGAGGUAUAAAUGUCGUUAGGUAAAACCAUUUCUUCUCGCUACUCUUCUAUUCUUCCAGUUCGUCCUGAAUUUGUAAAUCUUGUAAAAAAAUAUUAUACAGAAAAUUAUAAUUAUUAAUAUAAAUAUAUAAUUAUUAUUAAAUGCAUAUUGUUUAAAAUUUUAAAAUAAUGGUUUUGAUUUUUCAACUCUAGUUGCACCGUAAUGCGAAUAUUGCGCCUAAAUCGCUGCGAAACCGCAAAAAAUGGCAAUCUCGUCGAAUCGAAACGUCAGGAUGGGAAAUGAAUUACAUUUUCUUGGCAACUCGAAUGUAUGUAAAUUAAAAGUUGCACUCUAGCCAGAUAACGCGGCAAGACGCCGAAGUUAGAGAAAAAAAAUACGAUAUUACAAUUUUGCGCGGGAAGCUCUCAGUUUCUGCACUUGCAAUACAUUGAAAACAAUGACUCGCGUUAUCUCGUGGAGAUUAAACGGAGUCAUUUCGCUCUCCUCUCAUUAACGUAAUUACCUCCUACCGUGUAUUUCUUCUUCUUUCUACUCUUUUUUUUCUCUUUAGCAUUAUCGAUUAAACUUUCAACAAUCUGUUGUUCAAUCUGCAAUAGAUUGUUACCAAGGCAGAAAAAGUCUGAUUCUAAAGACAAAAUGAUCUUACAACUUAUCGUGAGGGUGUUCCUUUUUUACGAAAACGUAAGUCAUAUCAAUUAUCGAUGAGAACAAUAAAUUAGAUAUCCCCUUCUUUGAUGAGAAAAGUGUUCGUCGUAAGAUAUUGUAUUUUCGUAGAAUAUGCGUAUGUCACGAUUUGACAGUAGAAGACUUCGAACUUUAUCUUCGAGAAUGCUAAAGCGGUAUGAUAAAAUAUUAAAUGGCAAGCGAGCGCGUCAAUUUUGACGAUAGGCGAUUUCUAUAUCGUGAUCGCGCCAAGAAAAAUCCCACAGAGAUUUUCAUCCAUUAGGAAAAUGUGGCGACACACUAUUGCGGAUUGUUGCGACUUGAUCCAUCGUCGAAGUCUCAACAUUAUUUCUAUGUAACGUUGUUCUUCCGUUAGUCUUUCUGUUCGCCGUCGAGAAGCGUCAAAUGAAAAAAGAACAAAAAAAAAAAAAAACAAAUACGUAACGAUAAGGGUAAUUCAUGUUCGAGCUUACCCUCGAUUCUCUUCCCCAACGCAGUCGCGUCUUCUCGACCCCUCUUUGUCCCUUCCUCUAUCUUAGAAUCCCAUUUCCUUUAUCUUCCUCGGCCAGAAAUCGAUUUACGUUAGGAAGCCUUUACGAAAACAGGGUCAUAAAUACUUACGUAUAAUACGAGUAUUUUAAAUUUUUAACGCGAAAGAAAAACUAAGAAAGAAAAGGGAUAAACAAAAUGAGGUGUAGUAGUGCGAUGUAACAAGAAAAAAAAGAGAAUAAAAUUUUUUACAAAAAAAAAAGAUAAUGUGAGGUAUAAAAUGUCGCGUGUACGAUUUGCGACUGCGUCUUUCAAUGCGUAGAGAUCGUUGCCCUUUGUAACAUGUGUCGUCCCGUGGACACGUGUGCGCGCAGAGAGCGCAAGAUGUGAUCUCAUAGUCGAGUUUCUGCGAACCUCUUGACCUUUUCAGCAUCCCUAACCGGAUGGACAGACCGAGUGUCUUUAAUUUGAUUAAUUUUAUACGUCACGAGAUUUUACGAUGUCUGCUUUUAACGUAAUUCGUAAUCCUUGCUUUCAAAAAUCCAAUGUGUGACAAUACACGGUCGACCAAUAGUAUUUAUUAGAUGUGUAACGUGGCUGUUGAAAGGGUCGAGCGUAGGGAUACGCCACAUUCGAUCGCGAUACGCACGUGAGUCGGUCGUCGCGAGAUCGCAGAAUAAAGUAAACGAUAUUACGAGAUGAAUCGCAGAGGG